AUGAUUGCCACUGGAGGCCUCCUGAGGAUUUCGGCCAGGAAACAGGACCCCUUGAAACCCCAGAGCCAACUCCCCAAACGCAAACACAAGGCCAAAAAGAAGCGCAAGAAUGACGUGGUGGUGGUGAAAGGCAAGCUCAAGCUGUGCUCCCUCUCGGGGUUCAUUGCCCUCUGUGGCAUCCUUGUACUGCUGGUGGGCAUUGCCUUGGCUGUGGUGGGCUACUGGCCAAAGCCCAGCCAGGUGUACAGAGAAAGCAGCUUUGGCAAGGGCCGGCACACAGCACCACAAGGUGGCACCCACACGAACCGCUCCCAGAGCCAGGAAAGGGUGCGAGCAAGAAUUCGCCUGGAAUCACCCCCUGGAGCCAACACCUCUGCCACUGUUGCCACUGCUAGGUCUGCCCCUACUUCCUCCUCCCCCCAGGCCUCAGCAGGUUUCCUUUUCCGUCUUUUCUCGAGCUACUUGCAUUCGGACAAGCUGAAGGUGCUGGGCCCUCUGAUCAUGGGUAUUGGCAUCUUCCUCUUCAUCUGCGCCAAUGCGGUGUUGCACGAAAACCGUGACAAGAAGACCAAGAUCAUCAACCUGCGUGACCUCUACUCCACCGUCAUUGAUGCCCACAGUCUGCGGGCCAAGGAUGGAGGCACCUCAGCCCCUCUCAAUGGCUUUGUCAGCUACAUGCAUUCCCGGGGCCUGGAGCUCAAGCCUGGUGGAGAAGGUCUGGGUGCUGCAGCCAUGCUGGCCAAGAGCUCCUGGCCACCAGGACUGGGUGUCUCCCUUUCCCCACCAGAUCUGGUGUCCUCACCGCAGCGUUCCUCCUUCUGCAGCCCACCGCAGCCGCCCAGCCUGGCUGAGGCUGUGUACAGCAUCUGCCGGGAGCAUGCUGCCCUCGCUGGCCGUCCUGUCACCAGCCCACCCUGCAGCCCACCGAGGAGCUGUGAGCGGUGCAGCACGGCCAGCUCCAUCGUUGGCUCUUCACUGAGCACCUUCACCCUCCUGCCCUUGGGGCCCAGCAGUGGAGGGGGAGGCUGGCAGAGACCACCCGGUGAGCGGAGAGCCCAGGAGGUCCCACGGGGGGAGUUUGAACUGAGCCUAACCGACCUCAGCAGCAGCCACAUCAAGGGAGGCUGUGGGACUAGGAGGCACAAGCUGAUUCUCAGGCGGCAGAGCACCAGCUGCUUGCCAGAUGCCAGGUAUCCCCUUUCCCCUGAGCCACUUCGGUCACCAGCUGUCAGGAGGGUCCUGGAAUCCAGCCUCUUGAUAAAGGCAUCUCCUAGCUACUCCAAAUCUCUAGAUCUGGGGGCAUCACCCCCUUCAGCUCCCCCUGCCAUCACCAGGACAGACUCCCAGAGCUCCCAGUCUGAGCCUUCCAGCAGCAAUAAGGGCUACAGCCACUUAGAGGAGGCAGGCACCUCCUUGGAGUCAGUUGCCAACACCGCAGCCAGUAAAAUUCAAGACUGUGAGGAGGAACCAGUUGAGGAGAUGGACCCCCUCGAGGCUACCAGCAGUGAACAAAUAGGGGAGCAAUCCCAGCAAACUCAAAGACAGUACACAAAUAAAGAGAAACUCUUUAUGAUUUCUAGGUCACAUGCUGCAUUAGGGCUGGAGGAUGGGGAACUGGAGAGUACAGGCAUCUAA